AUGCUCACCAACGUCAGUCACCUUUUGGCCAUUGCUGCCUCAUAUCCGGUGUCGGCAUCGCCCAUUGUUUUCACGCCCACAUCCUCCACGAGGGCUUUCAACGCAGCAGAGGCACCAGUGCCAACAUCCACGUCUACUGGCGUUCGUCUGGUUGCCGACGUCACCGAUCCCUUCAAUGCACUUGCACAGGAUGUCCAGAACAUGGCCCUGCAAGCCUACCACGCCGGGUCCAACUACCGUGUCCCAAUGCUUCAGAAGCCAGACGCCCAGAACCCCGGCCGUGUCUUUUACUAUGACCGCCUGCCCCAGAAUUCGUCCUCGAUUCUCUUAACCGACUCUUUCUCUGCCGAGACGCUAGCCAACAGCACCGCAAACCCGUCUGUCUCCUUUGGUCUCACCGUGCAAUCACCCUCCGACUUUAUCGUGCCCGAGUACCCCCACGAGCACGGUGUCUCGUUCUUCGCCGGCAGUGGCGACGCUACACCCGUGACACUUGCCGACACGGGUACUCCAUACGGCGGUCUGUAUCUCCUCAACAUGCAGGGCAGCGGCACGUUCAUGGCCUGCAAUCGCACCAUUCCCUACUACAACCUGGAGACUGGCCUUACGCUGGAGUACCUGUACGACAGCGAUGCCUCGUCACCGGGUGAGGCGCCGGUUGUGCCUGACAACUGUGUGCCGAUUCGGUUGGUGCUUGUCUGCGCGGAUCUGCCAGCCGUGCCCACAGGCAGCGAGUCUAGCCAUGCGAGCGCGCAGCAAGUGUCCUGCUACACGGACAUGUCCGGCAGGGCGUAG